AUGGCAGCCUUAGUAACGGGCCUCAUCCCCAUCCUGCGCACGGCGGUGGAUGCUACCACCACCUACAAGUGCCGCACACUGUGGUUUGGCUUGCUUUGCGUCCGCCUGGUGGUCCUCUUCCUGGCUCAGCUGCCCUUCACCAAACUGGACACGGAUUUCACCUGCAACUUCACCGGGAACAGCAUCUGCACCAAAGCCUGUUUUAAUGAUCACUUCCACAAACCCAUGAUGAUGGCCUGGAACUUCAUCUUUGUUCUGGCCGUCCUCUCUGUCCUGCUCAUGGAGAUGUUCACCUCCCAUCUGCGCUCACUGGCCCAGAAGAGGAGCUCUCAGGUAGCGACUGAUGCAGAGCUCGAGGCUCGGGGAAAGGAGGAUGGUCCUUUAGCCUCCACAGACCCCAAGGGCAGAAUGGUCCUAGAUCUCCACAGAGACAGACGCACAGUCGCUUUAUACCUGUUCAGCAUCUGUCUGCGAAUUCUGGUCGAAACCUGGUUUGUGUAUAUUCUGCUCUGUUGGAACCUGCCAGCACUGAACAGCGGGAGGUACGAAUGCACUACAGCCGUCUGUCCAAAGUCGGCUAAAAUUGCUUGUGUUGUGAGGGCCGCCCCAGAGAAACGCAUGUCUAUUUACGCUUUGGCUUCCAUCUCAGGCGUGAUUAUUGUUAGUUCAGUCUUAUUUUGUGUGUAUUCCAUUGCUCACUACCUUUGCAACUUUUAAACAACUGAAAUAGGGAUUUACAAUAUAUAAAUUGUAUAUCUACUGUGUUUGUGCUACUAUGAUGCAUAUUAUGAUCCAGUGCAUAUACUGUAUUUUAUGUUUAUAAUGUAUGUGAUGUCACGCUCAAAUUGUCUCUGCAGAAACGUAGAUUAAAACAUGAUCUGAAGCAUA